CAAGAGCAGAUGUGUAAAUCUUCCUCUGCAGCAGCCUUCUGUCUUUGAAGUGUCCUGCCCAUACCAGGCUGGGCUCAUUAGGGCUUUACAGCCUCCCUCCCCUGGAUGCUUCAGGAAGCAAUUCCCAUGCUAGUUUGGCCAGCAGUAAUGACAAUCCAGCAUAAUGCAUGUGGUGCCACAGAGUGCCUGAACUGUGCCCCCUUCCCUGAGCUCUCCUCCCAUUGGUCCCUCUCCAGUCCAGCUUGCCAACAUGUGGGACUCUAAUCCCCGCCCCGCAUGCCCUUCUGAGCUGAUGCCACGUGCUGAUGCUUCAGAGAACUGUCUUGGCUGACUGGAAUAGUUCUCAGCUUCCCUCCCCCUCCUGCCUGUAGGCAGCCUACUUGCCUCCUGCCAAGUGUUUGUUGGUAGAGACCAGCGGGGCACCCUGCGCUGAGACACCUGAUCUGAGUUUGGGGGAGGGGGAAUCAGCCUGUGGAGCACAGGGAGUUAAAAAUAACAGGUAAAUAAAAUCAAAGCAAUGGAAGAACAGGAGUGAGAGCCAAGCCCACCCCCUCCCUUGGACUGGAUUGUAAGCAGCCCUGCCCUCUCCUUUGUGCUAUGCUCAGAGCUGGGGCAGGCCUGGAGGGGCGCCUUUCUGCUAGAAAUAUCUAUGUGUAUUAGGGCAGCAGCACCCAGUGAGAUCAGGUCUCCCUUGUGCUCAGCCUACCUAACAGCAGACCGUGACCCUUGUUUCUCUGGGGCUGAAUCUCACUGCAGCAUGGAGAGUAAGGCAGAGGAUCUCCCUGCAGCCUUGUAGCUAGCUAGACCAGACAGCAAACAAAUUCCUGGGGAGUGUUGACACUGCCAGUGAGGCCACAAAGCAGGUGUGGCUCCAUUGUGGAGGCUGGGUGUUUGUGAGAACAAGGGGCAGGCUGGUGGGCAGAAACCAAAGAUGAAAGGUCCCCUGUCCACUGCCCAGCCAGCACCUGGGCUAGCAGGUCUAGAGAGAACUCAGUGCACAGUGUUGGUGCCUCCCUUGCAGGCCUGGCUUCGGCUCUAUGGCUACCUCCCACAGUCCAGUCGGCAGAUGUCCACCAUGCGCUCGGCUCAGAUCUUCAGCUCCGCCCUCUCCGAGAUGCAGAGGUUUUAUGGGAUCCCAGUGACAGGCAUCCUGGAUGAGGAAACCAAACUGUGGAUGAAGCGGCCCCGCUGCGGUGUCCCAGAUCAGUUUGGAGUCAAGAUCAAAGCCAACAUGCGACGGAAGCGGUACGCGCUCACUGGGCGGCGCUGGAGCCAAACCCACCUCACCUUCAGCAUCCAGAACUACACAGAGAAGCUGGGGUGGUACCACUCAUAUGAAGCCAUUCGCCGAGCCUUCAGGGUGUGGGAGCAGGCCACCCCUCUGGUCUUCCAGGAGAUUCCCUAUGAUGAUAUCCGGAACAAGAGGAAGAAGGAGGCUGACAUCAUGGUGCUUUUUGCCUCUGGUUUCCAUGGAGACAGUUCCCCUUUUGACGGUGUGGGGGGCUUUCUGGCCCACGCAUAUUUCCCUGGCCCUGGGAUGGGAGGGGACACGCACUUCGACUCAGAUGAGCCCUGGACGCUUGAGAACACCGAAUUGUCUGGGAACAACCUCUUCCUGGUGGCCGUCCAUGAGCUGGGGCACUCGCUAGGGCUGGAACACUCCAGCAACCCCAGUGCCAUCAUGGCGCCCUUCUACCAAUGGAUGGACACGGAGAACUUCCAGCUGCCGGAGGAUGAUCUCAAGGGCAUUCAGCAGCUGUACGGUACCUCUGAUGGAAGGCCUCAGCCCACCAGGCCCCUCCCAACUGUGACACCCCAGAGACCUGGAAGGCCAGAUCAUAGACCCCCCAGGCCACCUCCCCCUGGUAAGCCAGACCGGCCCCCAAGACCAGGCAGCCCAGACCACCCCAGAACCACGGACCGCCCUGACCAGUACGGGCCAAACAUCUGUGAUGGGGACUUCGACACCGUGGCUGUGCUACGCGGGGAAAUGUUUGUGUUUAAGGGUCGCUGGUUCUGGAGAGUUCGCCAUAACCGUGUGCUUGACAACUACCCCAUGCCCAUCGGGCACUUUUGGAGGGGCCUUCCUGGGGACAUUGAUGCUGCUUAUGAGAGACACGAUGGCAAAUUCGUGUUCUUCAAAGGGGAUCGGUACUGGCUAUUCCGAGAGGCAAACCUGGAGCCGGGGUAUCCACAGCCCCUUACCAGCUAUGGGCAGGGCAUCCCGUACAACAAGAUCGACACUGCCAUCUGGUGGGAGCCCACAGGACACACCUUCUUCUUCCAAGGCGACAGGUACUGGCGCUUUAAUGAGGACGCCCAUGCUGUGGAUCCUGGCUACCCAAAGCUGAUCACUGUGUGGGUGGGAAUCCCCUCUACCCCAAAGGGGGCUUUCCUGAGCUCAGACGCUUCCUACACCUAUUUCUAUAAAGGCACCAAGUACUGGAAGUUCGACAAUGAGCGUCUGAAGACAGAGCCAGGCUACCCCAAAUCCAUUUUACGGGAUUUCAUGGGCUGCCAUGAGGAGCUGGUGCCAGACCCUGACCGCCGAUGGCCUGACCUGGACAGGCCUCCUUUCAACCCAGAUAGCGGGGGCACUGGCAGUGACCAGAACAAGGAAGAAGGGGAGGCUGGAACACACCCUGGUGGCAGGGAGGAGGAAGAAGAGGAUGAAGGAAACGAGGAUGAGGAGGACUACAGUGAGAGCGGGCCUGGCACAGACAAGGGCAGCGAUGUUGACAUCGUGGUGCAAAUUGACGAGUACACACGGACCAUGAGCAUCGUUAUGGUGAUGGUGCCUCUGGUCCUGCUGCUCUGCAUUCUGGGCCUCAUCUAUGUCAUCAUCCAGAUGCAGAGGAAGGGGGCUCCCCGGAUGCUGCUGUACUGCAAGCGUUCCUUGCAGGAGUGGGUUUGACCCUGGACGGCCCCUGCGUUCUCCUGGAUCCCUUCAGUGUCCCUCCCCCUACCACCAUGGUGCUAACAAUGAAGCUUGAGAAGAGAAAGCCCCCCCGAACCAUUCUCUCUUAGCCGGUCUAUUUAUACCGAGAUUUUGCACAUUGAGUUGGAUGCGCUCAGCUGGGCCUGCCUGCCCCUCAGUUGCUUUGCCUUGUGUGUGUGGGAGAUGCCUCCUGGACCCCUCCUCACCCACCUGGCUACCUGCCUUUUCUCAGCCCAGAUUGAGGAGCACAGCAGAAGAACUUACCUGGGGCCCCUUCCUGCCAGGCACUGGGGGCAAGGCAGCCACCCCACAAACCAGUUUGCUCUGUCACCCCUCCCCGGUAAGGCAAGCUGGCCUGUGCCCUUCAGCCAUUGAUUUCUUCUGGCUGCAGGCCUGGGCUUAGAGGCUGGUCUUUGAGGGUCAAGCAUUUGUUGGGGAAGGAACAAGGAGUUCCUGUGUCUGCCUCGCAGGAAACAUAUGGACCCCAGGCAAAGAGCAGGUGCUGUGUAGCUUCCCCUUACAGAGCCAAAGCCCCAGUGCAUUGGUGGGCAUUUGGACUUUGUGCCCUCUUCUCAGCUCUCCUUUCUGGUGCAAACUCUGUGCAGCACCCCAUCCAUGCCUAAUGGGACAGAACUGUCAGCACCCCUCAGCUCGGUGCCUCCCUGACAGGGCUCUGAGCCCAGCACCAAGGACCAGCCUCUAGGAUGUUUCCAGUUGUCGCGCGCGCGUGCGUGCGUGCGUGUGUGUGUGCAUUGUCUGUCCCCCUACCACUGUGUCCCUGCCCUAAAACAUGGGGGAGAUCCCUUCUGUGUGCUUCACAGGCAGUCAGAAGGUAAUUCUCCAGGGAAAUGUCCCCCAACCUCACCCCAUCCCCAGCCUGCAAGGGAAAAUAGUGCAUCCACAGCAGAACAUCACAGGCCCUAUUGGUAUUGCCCCAGCUGCUGGGCUCCUAAGAGAAGUCCUGGCCCUUUGGCAGUAUCCAGGAGACCCUCUGGCAAGGGCUUUUGUUUCCCCUUCCCCCUGGGCUUGGUGAGAGGUUGGAGGUGCCAGCCCCAGCCAUCUUCCUACAUUAGGUGAAGGAGCUGCUCAGUGCACUGAUACAGAGGUGUGGGACACCACUGCUCUGUACCCUUAUCACAUUGCCCCAUUCUGACAUUGCUAACUUCUAGCAGCAUCUUUUCCUCAUGCUUAGUGCACACAGCAGCUGCAGGGCUGGGGGUAAGGCCCUUUUUGGAGACCUUACCUCAGAGCCCUCCUUGGGCUUUGGACAUUGGGUUUCCAUGAUGUUUCCACACCAGAUCAUAGCAGGGGCCAGUGACAUGGGGUGGGAGGUGAAGAUGGUUGUGUUGUCAGCUGGAGAACUAGAUUUAACACCUGGUUUAGCUCACAAGUGACAUGAGUUCAAUGGUUUCAGUCUCUAGUGGGAAUCUGAAUGGGGGUUGGCCUGACUGAACUGAAGUCCCUGUUUUGGAGGGACAACAGGGUUACAAUAGCAAGGGGGUGGCAGGGCAAGAGUGAAGGGCAUCGGCUGAGCUGAGGGGGACCCAGGACUGGGGUUGUUGCAGGGCAGGUUGAGGGGCAGUGGCAGAGCUGAAGGUGCCAGAGAAGCUGCCUCCACCUGUACUUGCCCCAUGCUCCUCUCAGACUGCUGCUGAUUAUCCUCUUGACCCCUGUCCAGUAUAACUCAAUGCCCCUUGGCUCCCACAGUCUGCUGAGCCGCUUUCUGGCUGGGGGGGUGCCAGAGGGAGGUGGAGAUAACAUCAUUGUAUUUGUUUCCUGUUUAACUGUUUGUAUCUGGGAAACGAGGGGGGGGGAGGGGUGUGUAUCCUAAAGAUAGCCGAGGUCUUAGAGACCUGGGAAAGCUUGCUAGGAACUGAGCAGCCAGUGCUUUCAGCCCAAGCACUUCAUGCUGCUCAAUUCCCACUGGGGCCUCCACUGAGUUGGAAGAUGCUCUUGUGUUUGAAACCACAUACUAAACUGCUUUUCAUCUGC